GGUCUAUCAUAACUACCACGUCAAGUGUGUUUCACUGGAACAAAGUCUUUCUUCUCUGGAAUCAAUCAAUAAGGGGGACGGUCUAUUUCAGUGUGGAUGCUCUGAGGACAGCAGAUCUCACCCCACAUUGAUCCUCCGUGGACUGCCGUCAGCACAGCGGUCCCAGGAUGGAAGCAGUGUCUCUUUACAACUUCUGCGCCACGGAAAAUGACGAGCUGAGCUUUCAGAAGGGAGAUGUACUGAAGAUCACGAAUAUGGAAGAUGAUCCUAACUGGUACACAGCAGAGCUGGCGAACAGAAAGGGCUUUGUGCCUAAAAACUAUAUCAGCCUUAAACCACAGACAUGGUUUGCGAGCCGUAUCUCCAGACAUGUGGCUGAGAAUCGACUGCGUCAGCGCGAGUGUGGCAGCUUCUUGGUACGAGAAAGUGAGAGCGCGCCAGGAGAAUUCUCCCUGUCAGUCAGCUAUGGCAAUCAUGUACAGCAUUUCAAGGUGUUAAAGGAUAGAGAUGGCUCUUACUUUGUUUGGGAGGAAAACUUCCCUUCCUUAAAUCAGCUGGUGGAGUUUUACAAGACCAACAGCAUUGCAAAGGAAAGGACUGUGUUUCUUAGGGAUACAGAACCCACACAAAAAAGGCCCCAUCAUGCACAUGCCCUGUUCGACUUCCAUCCACAGCAUAGCUCCCAGCUGCACUUCCUGCGGGGUGAUGUCAUAGACCUGCUGGACUGCUCAGAUUCUCAACGCUGGAAAGGUCGUUGCCGUGGACUUGUGGGCUUUUUUCCUCCGGAAUAUGUGCAGCCCAUUUAUCAAUGACUACAAAGGAUAAUACAUAACAACACUGGGUGUACAUAUCAGUCGACUGGAGGAAACUUUUCAAUGCUUUAAUAUGAUUGACCGGAAAUGAGUGUGUUUGAAACAGACUCUAUAAGCAAAGAGACAGAAACGAAUUCAUGCAGGCACAGUUUCUAAAAACACUGCUGACACUAAAAUGGCACUUUUCAGCUUUUUAGCUUCUUAACCCUCUAAUAUACUGCAUGGCUAUAAACAAAAUCCCCAUGUGUACUCAUAAAAACACACAUUAGAAUGCAAACAAGGAAUUUUGUUAACAUAUUCUUCACAAAAUUGUUAUUUAUGACACUCCUUUUUUUUGUAUACCUAUGUUGUGUUUCCUUUGAGAUGAAGUAUUAUGAUAUAAAUUCCAUUUUGUGGACAGAAUAAAUAUAAAAGCGAUUUUCAACAAGUACGUUA